AUGGAGUUCCUUCAGAUUCCUCAACAUCUGCACAAUGCUUGUCACUCCAAAACUUUCUCCAGGACUUCUCAUGAUACACAUUGGACUGCUCCAAAGGUCAGCCAUCUAAAAGUCAAUACCGAUGCUACAUGGGACUCAUCCACAAAUUCUUGUGGGAUAGCAGCAGUUGUUCGGGACUCUAACGGUCUUCUUGUUGGGGGUUCUUCCCGGUUCGAUAUGGCUUCCUCUCCUUUGGCGGCUGAAGCUUUAGCAAUCCAGCUUGGUCUCACGCUAGCCUCCUCUCUCUCUCUUUCUUCUUUUCAACUGGAAUCAGACUCAUUAGUUUUGAUCUCUGCUUUUUUAAACCCUCUUUCGACGGUGGACUGGUCAGCGUCUCAGCUGGUUUCUCGAAUCCGGUCUCAGGCUGCUCUUUUUCAUCGUGUUAACUGGCACUGGGCUAGUAGAAGGGCUAACAGAGCUGCAGAUCUGGUGGCGGCGUUGGCUUUGCAUAGGGUGUGUAUUGAUGAUUGGACCUCCAAUCCUCCCCCCUCCCUAAUGCGCAUUUUACUUUUUGAUGCUGCGGGGCCUCCUCCCUAG